CAGCGAUGUUGCUCUUGAACACAAACCUCCCCGCCUGCAUGUCUAUGGGUGUGUCGACGUAUGUUUAGUCUGUUGAUUGUUACGAAGAUUCGUCUGGAGUCAAAAUCCUUGUUGGAGCAGAUCAGCAGUCAUGGGUUGUGCUAUGUCCACUACAUUAGCUGUGACAGCUGGAGUGGUGCUGGUCACAACAGCAGGUGUGCUGGGUUAUCUUUUUAUUAGCAGGAAAAGGAAACCACAGAUUACCCUGAUCAAUCCCUCUGAAAAAUACAAAUUGAGACUUGUAGACAAAGAGAUUAUAAGUCAUGAUACCCGGAGAUUUCGGUUUGCCCUGCCAAGCCCUGAGCAUGUCUUGGGGUUACCAGUUGGCAAGCAUGUUUAUCUCUCCGCCAGGAUUGAUGACAAUUUGAUUGUGCGUCCCUACACACCAGUUUCCAGCGACGAUGACAAAGGAUAUGUUGACAUAGUUGUUAAGAUUUAUUUCAAGAAUGUGCACCCAAAGUUUCCUGAAGGAGGAAAGAUGUCCCAGUACCUGGAGAGUUUGAGGAUUGGAGACUUGAUCGACUUCAGAGGACCAGGAGGUUUGCUGGAGUACAAGGGACAAGGUCAGUUUGCCAUACAGGCUGAUAAGAAGGCCCCUGCUGAGAUCAAGACUGCCAGAACAUUAGGUCUUAUAGCUGGAGGAACGGGCAUCACUCCUAUGUUGCAACUGAUCCGGGAUAUUAUGAAGAACCCAAGUGAUGCAACUACUUGCAGCCUGCUAUUUGCCAACCAGACUGAGAAGGACAUUCUGCUGAAGGAUGAUCUGGAGGAGAUACAGGCAAGGCAUCCGGAUCGCUUCAAACUCUGGUUUACCGUGGACAGAGCACCUGAAGACUGGGAAUACAGCCAGGGCUUCAUAAAUGCUGAGAUGAUUCAGGAGCAUCUGCCACCACCCAGUGAUGAGUGUAUGAUCCUGAUGUGCGGCCCACCUCCCAUGAUCCAGUUUGCCUGUAAUCCCAACCUGGACAAACUGGAUUACCAGCAAAGCCAACGCUUUGCCUAUUAGAAAUGUCUUGAUGUUCAGGGCCCAGUCCACAAAUGACUCCAAAGAUGCUAACACUAAAUUAUCACAUAUUCAUGUUUAAGCAAAUAUGGUAUUACAAAUGUGGUCUUGUGUAGAUCAUAACCUUUUUAUGGAGGCUAUAUAAUCUAUAUUGAUUGCUUAAAGGAAUAGUUCACCCAAAAAUGAAAAUUGUCUCAUUAUUCACUUACCUUGAUGCCAUCUCAGGCUCAAUACAUGUGUAUGACUGUCUUUCUUCAGCAGAACACAAAUAACGAUAUUUAGAAGAAGAUAGACCUCUGUCAGUUCCUUAUAAUGCAAGUAAACGGGUGCCAGCAGUUUGAAGGUUCAAGUCGAUAAGUAAAAUGUUUUUACCUUUAAAUUGGCGCUUUGGUCCAGGGUUUUGAUGCUUUUUGAAAUAGCCGAACUAUCGCGUGACAUUCGUUCUUCUGUUGUAAAUAAACUCGCCGACGUGCUUGCGACACCUAAGUGAUGCAUCAAUUGCUGGCAGGAAGUGCUUUUUAAAAGUUAACAAUAUUUGAAUUAUCUAUUUUUUACGCAAAGGUAUCGAUUUGCUUCAGAAGACUUUCAUUGAUCGACUGGAGUCGUAUGGAUUACUUUAAGCUGCCUAAAAGUUACUUUUGGACCUUCAAUGUGCUGGCACCCAUUUAAUUGCAUUAUAAGGACCUGACAGAGCUAUAUCUUCUUCUAAAAACCUAAUUUAUGUUCUGAUGAACAGUUUUACACAUCUGGAAUGACAUCAGGGUGAGUGAAUAAUGAGAGAUUUUUUUAUUUCUGAGUGAACUAUUACUUAAAGUGCUAGCCUGUCCAAUAGUUAUUGGUCCAUCACAUUUAAAGUCCUUAAUACAAUGCAGAGACUGUGUGCCCUCCACUGAGGCUUGAUAUUCACCAUUGUGGCUUGGGUUUGGCUGCUCUAAAAGCGCAGAAUAAUAUGCUGAUACUACAAAUAGCCCCAAUCUAAUGCACUUAAAAAUGCACGUGUAUUAAGACACUGAAUUUAUUGCUGAAUAUUAUAUUUGUUACGUCACUUGACUGGGAUAAAUAAUUGUGUGUGUACAAUGUUAUUAUGCAUUUGCCGUCACUGGAGUAUUUUUGUAUGCAUGCUGCACUCCAGAUAUUUAUCUUGAAUUUCAAAUGCAAAGAACUUGUUUUAUACCUAAUGCACUAAAGAGGAAAAACAAAGAAAUGCUUAUUAAACUAGUUUGCAUCUG